AUCCAAGGGCUAGGAAUGCGCAGUAAUCAGGCAGGCUGGGGCCCAUCAUACCAGGGAUCUUCAUAAAGCAGGGAGACCCCAGAGCCAUACCUGCUGGACCGGGACCUGAGCAGUUCUGCCUGACACUGGGGCCCAGGGACUCACCUGCCCUUCUUAGAGCAGCUCACAGCACAAUGAGGAGCCUCCGCUCUUUGCUCUGCCUUCUCCUGCCUCUGAGUGUCUGCUUUCCCCUGCUGGACAGAAGGGGACCCCCAGACACCGGUGACAUCGAAGCCAGGAUGAGCUGGGCCCAGCUGGCUGAGGGACACACACCCCACUCAGUUCAAAGUCCCCAGCCACAGGCCCUGCUUGUGGUGGCCAAAGAGCAGCAGGCCUCACGCAGGGAACACACCGGCUUCCGUCUAGGGAGGCAGGACUACGGUAGCAGUGAGGCCGAGGGGUUCCUGCCCACUGACUCAGAGAAGGCCAGCAGCCCCCUGGGGACUCUGGCAGAGGAGCUGAGCAGCUACAGCAGGAGGAAGGGAGGCUUUAGCUUCCGCUUUGGCCGGUGAGGGCCUGCGUGGACUCUGCCCUGUCUGUCUACUCUUGUCCUGGCCCCAUCUUGAAGAACCUGGACCUGGAGAGAGUAUCACAGUGAACUAGUGCUGAAUAGGUGUGCACCAUUUUUUCAUUUCCAACUUUGAUAAAGUGAAAAAUCUGGGUGGUGUUCAAAAAACAAUAACAAAAAAAAAAACCCAAAAUGAACAAUCAACCCCGCCCCUCCACACUCCCAUAAAAUCCCUGCACACAGGAGGACUGAGUAUGUCUUGGUUAAUAAGAUAAUGUGUCCUUGUCCCAGCCCAUGACUUGGGCUGCUGUCUGUCUCAGCUCUGUCGUCCCCCAGUGGCUGGAGUAGCCCCUGAUCCCCAGUGGCAGGGCAUUGAGGCUGUGAUGGGGCCGUGGAUACAACAGGCCUCUGGCUCUGUUGUUCAUUUGUUGGUAGGUGGACUGAGAGAUUACAGCAGGAAAUCAAAGUUCUGACAGUCCCCAAAGGGAUGCCGGUACUGACAUCUAAAGGGCCACUGUGAAAGAGCGUACUCCGCAGUGUAUAGAAUGUGAAUCUGAAAGUUAGAAAUGAAGGGGAAGAAAAUAACCCAGACACAAACAAACCCCAAACAGUCAGUGUGUUCUCCAUCCCAUUAGCACAAGAUGCCUCUGGCAAGAAAGCCCGUCGGAGCACCGUGCUGCCCACUGAAUGGCCUGUGCAUCCCCUCUGGCUGCCCUCACCUCCUGUCCAUGGUAGUGUUAGCCAACCUAAGGGCCUCAUGGGACCUAAACUCCGAAUGGGUGGGAUUUUUUUGUUUUGUUUUGUUUUGUUUUUGUGCUAAGCAAGGUAGAGUUUCAAAUGCCCAAACUAGGAAUUGUCAUGUGUAUCUUUUGAAAUAAAAGUUGUAACAACUGAGCAUCAUAAUGGCAUGCUGGCCUCCUCUUUCCAGGUCCUCUGGGCCCCAGAAACUUCUUUUCUCGAGUUCCUGAAGCCUUCACUUUGGGGAAAUGGAAAUCAGGCUGGCUGUACCCUGUACACCUCUCCCAGCAGCCCCUUAAUUGGCAGCUGGGCGAAGGUACAGGGAGAGAAGGCACAGGCUGUUUCCCUCUCCACUUCCCUCUUCCCUAUGUUUCUCAGAAUGAGUGUGAGGGGAAAAAAAAAACCAAACAAACCGACAUUUCCACCUGGGGGAAGCGAGGGGAGGUAUGUGUAGGGGGGACAGGCUCGGUCUGGGCUGUGUGCAGGUCUGGGGCCAAGCACAGCAUCCCUUUCAAAGGCUGCUGAGCCUCCUGCAUCCCAUCCCAGGUCACACACAGCCGUCAGAAGCAGCUCACUCCAGGGCUGGCUGUGACUGCUGAGAUGAGAACUUAUAUUGAUGUUUCUAUGGCAACAUCUCCCCUCCUCCUUGUGAGUAGCGACUUGCCCCCGUUCACAAUUGAAUAAUUUUCCAUUGAGCUGUCACAAUUAAUUGGUGGAUUUUUAUUAGCCUUUUAGAACCACACUGGGCCAGGCCCAGCUUGGCACCUCACAGUAUUCCGGUGUUUUCCAUUCUAUUAGUGACUUACGUCCUCAGUAGCAGCUUUCAGUCCUCGGCAGCCAGGAAGCCACUUCAUUAAGGUUGACAGAUCAGAGCCACAAAAGAACCAUGUUGACUGGGGAGAGGGCUGGGAGGUGAGGUGAGCGGGGGUGGGGGGGGGUGGGGGGGGUGCAGAGCCAAACACCUGACGCCGUGGUACACUGCCUUCCCCCAGAGCCACCUUGGGCUCCCCCGGGGCAUUGCACAUGGGUCCUGGGCUACAGUCACAGGGACAAGACAAGUGCACUAGGACCAUAAGGCACAUAACUCUGCCUUCCCUUCCAUCUCAGGAAGAUGUGAUGGAGGGUGUGUCCAGCAAAGGGAUGCUACUGCUCCUCUCUAGUGUGGACAUCGUGGGCACCACCACACUCUCUGGGUCAGUGUCUGAGAACACGGGUCAUAUGUGAACACGAAGAGGUGGCUGUGGUUCCACCCAGCUCCCUCACCAGCCAGGGAUGCCCAUCCUGCUUCCGUGGGGCAGUAUCCUGGCUCAUUCAUUCAUGUACAGGACAGUCUGAGACAGACAAGACCACAAGCCAGGGCAGAACGGCACUCUGGAGACAGGGCCCUGGUGCCUUGCUUCACCCAUAAGGCCGAGGCUGCACACCGUCCCUCACUCUGUGGGUAGGUAGGGCUCAGUUUGAAUUUUUUCUUUUGUGAUGCUGAGGUUCCAGCUCAGGCCCUCGCGCAUGCUAGACAAGUGCUCUAGCACUGAGCUGCACCCGAGCCUGGCAGGUUCUUAAUUUAGCAGGAUUAGAUUAACCUCGACGGAGAGGGCUGGGAUGAAGGGGAAGCCUUCAAAGGAACGCAUCUGCUGUCAUUACCUUUAAUCAUUAAAAGAGAACC